AUUUCCUGAAACCACAAACUCAACUGAAAGCGUUUCGUUUCCAUAGCAACAGGCUAGUCCUGAAACCAGCGCCACGCAGCAGAAACUAUUCAAACCAGUGGAAAACAAAAUAAAAAUGAGGAUUAUAAUUGCCGAAGAUCCAAACUGGUCCCUGGAUUUGGUUCCCAGUUUGUCCAGCCUAUGUCAACGAUGCAUUGCAGACAAAAUUGAAGAUCAUAAGUAUUUAUUUGAAAAACUCACCCCUGAGCUGAAAGACGCAAUUCAGCCGAAGUUGUCUCUUUCCCUGCCUCUGCAUGUGACUGCCGACCUGGUCCCUGACGGUGUGUUCUGGAAGCGGUGUUGCCAGCAGCGGUGGAACAUCUGUGACAUCUCUCUGUAUGGCUUCAGCUGGAAACGCAUGUUCUUCGAAAGGCACUUGGAGAACUUAAUCGAACUUUUCGUCCCAGAGGAAACAGAUUUUAAGGUUAUUCUUGAUGUGCUUCCUCUCUGUAAAAAUUACGUCAAGCGGUUGCACAUCACACAGCUGCUACUGCCUUCAAGGAAGUUUGUGAAGGGGAGGGAUGAUGAUCAGAAUGAAGUAGCAACGCUUGCUAAUGAGGAGGAAGAUGAUACGACAACUGGUCAUUUUGACUUUGGGACUGUGUUGGCUGAGCUGACAGAACUGGAAGAACUCUAUUUGGUGUAUAGAAUCAAACAAUGUGGGAUGAACUUUGAAUGGGCAAUGUUCCAAAUAACCGACAGGGACUGUAGAGCCCUCACCAUAGCUUUUAAGGGCUGCAAGACUCUGAAGGUUCUGAGGAUUCGUCAAAGUCAAAUUGACGAUAAAAAGUGUCGCCCGCUGCUGAGAUGUCUUAUGGAACAUCCUUCCCUCAUAGAGCUUGACUUAUCCCACAACAUCAUCAGAGAUGGUGGUGCCAGGUCUGUUGCAGAGCUGCUCUCCAAGGGCCAACUGAAGAAACUCAACAUUUGCAACAAUGAAAUUGAAGUCCAGGGAGCCCAAGCAUUAGCUGAGGUUCUGUCAAACAAUUCCUCUCUGCUGUACCUAAACUUGCGUCUGAACCAGGUGAGGGACGAAGGUGGGCAGGCCAUUGCCGAGGCCUUGCAGAAAAACACAACUCUGACAUACCUGAACCUGGCAGGCAAUGAUUUGACCUUCAUAACUGCUAUUGUGCUGUCAAAAGUGCUGCUAAAGAAUAGAAGACUGAGGACCCUUGAUCUGUCCUGCAACCUCCUUGGAGAUGUCGGAGGUAAAGCUUUGGCAGAGGCAAUGGCUCACAACAGCACUCUAACAGAUUGUGAUAUCCGCGAGACAGACAUGGAUGAGACGAAUGCUACCUCCAUUAACAAGGCGAUUUGGACCAAUCAGUGUGCAGACAGAUACAGGGGACCUCUGCACAGGAGAAGAAGUACCAUCUGUAUUUAAUAUAAACUUGCAUUUAUCAGAUACAGAGUCUUACUCCAUAUCUGUAUCUUAAACCACA